AUGUCAGCCCUCGCACUUUCUAAUGUCUUGCUGUCAAUAAGCGGGAUAGGGACUGGAGUGGGUUUUACUUUAGCCGAAGGUAAUCUGAUGGAUGAGAUGCAACGUAAAUUAGAGAAAGUAAAAAAAGAUGUGGAAGACGCUGGCAAGCUUUACGAUCACGUUUAUUAUUUGGUCUGUGCCAAUCUUGAUCGCCUGAAGAAGUCCAUCGACAGAUUACCGACUGACUUUGUAAAGAAGAUAGAGAGAAUCAUCGAAGCUGACCUGGACAGUUCUUUAGCCGAAAAAGCCCUUGCUGUCGUGGGUAAAGCUGUAGGGUACACCAGUGCUGCUGUUGGACUUGGUGUGGGAAUUCUUGGACUGGCGCUUUGCUGGAAGAACAAAUCUGGGGUUCAACCAAAAAGAGAGCCAAGUGCAUUUCAAGACAUCGAGGUACCUCCACUUGCACCAACACAAGUGACGGAAUCAACACGGCCAACAGCAACAGAAGAACCUAGUUCAGUCUCAACGCUCACGAAGCUUGACAAAUGGGGAAAAGGUUUGAGCAUCGCCGCGACAGUGUUUGGUUUAGCAGGUCUCGCCACGACUAUUGGGUUAGGAGUAUGGGACAUCAAAAAGUUAAACAAAGCAAUAGCUGACCUCGACGAAAAGCAAAACCAAAUUUCAAAGUUCCAGAGGGGCAUGGAAGAAGUUUUGGACGAGGUUAUUACUGCUGCAGGGCUUCCAGCAAAGAGCUAUGACGAUCUUAAAAAACUGGCUGCUACCUGGAAAAAGAUCUCUGUUCAAUUCGAAAGCUAUUCAACGAGAAUGGAUUAUGCAAUCGAAGGAUAUUUCAUGGGAAAAGCCCUUGAUGAUGUAAAAGAAAGAGUACUAAAGCAUACUGACCCGAGCGACAAGCCAUUUCCAGACGAUGCCUACCCACUGGCAAAGGUCUUAGCAGAUAACAUCCGCUACCUCUUCGAAAAUGGCAAGACAGACAAGGAAGUUAUUAAUUUCUUUGCGACUGAGAAUCCAAAGGAGGGUCUGAGAUUUUUGUUCGGUGGAUACUUCAUUGGCUCUCUGCGGGAUGUCUAUGAUAUGCAAAAACAGUAA